UCAGAUAUUAUGGCGGAUUUUGGUGACAAGCGAGCCAAGGAUGCUCAGUUGAGAGCGCAAAUCAAUGAGAAACUAGUCAAGUCGGGCGAGCGAGAGAGACUCAAGAACGAACUGAGAAAGCGACUGAUUGAGUGUGGAUGGCGAGACCAACUGAAAGCACACUGCAAAGACGUCGUGAGAGAGAAGGGACUCGAGAACGUUAAGGUUGAGGAUCUGGUGGCCGAAAUAACCCCAAAAGGAAGAGCACUUGUACCCGACAACGUGAAGAAAGAACUACUUCAGCUGAUCAGAACUUUUUUGUCCCAGCAGUCAACUUUUUGAACCUCAAAAUCAUCGUCAUCAUCGUUGUCUUCAUACUUUGUACUUAAUUACUAUUGAUAUUGUUGAUAAAACUAACUCUGCUGACAGAAUAUUGUGUGUUUGUACGUUGAUUGCAUCUCAUUUUAUUUAGCUUAAAUUAGGUACUAACAAUUCAAUCAUUUUUGAGCGA